AUGUCGUCUCCUGAAGUUCCAGUGAGCGAACAACCACGCCAGGUGAGCAUUUACGAGAAUGUCCUUCAAGCGUGGACAGAAUUGGACUUGCCCGCACUACAAAAGAAACUAGAUGAUCAGGGGUUGGAAUUAAAGCAAGACCAGAAGCUGUCAUUGACCACCAGAAAAGAGUUGGCGCAGAAGACCAGAGAUUUCAAGAAAUUGGAGGAUGCACAGAAGCUUGAGCUGUUCAAUCUGCUUUUGAAGUUGUAUCAGAACCAGAUUGAUGAGAUGGCAAGCAAGAACAAGAAAGCAGAAUCUUACUUUUUUGGAUUCUACAGGUUCAUGGCGGAAGCGCCAGAUCCUAGGCCCCUUUUGGAACUUUCCUUGGACGCGGUUAUGGAACUGACCGAGGCAGAAUCGUUAAGAACGCAAGUAGCAGACCUCACAAAUGAACUAGCAAAGAAAGCCGAUUACGACGUCCUCAAACAACGUCUCUUACGGAAUGAACAGAAAGCAGCCGAGUUGAUGGCAAGCAAGUUGAAAGCGCAAGAGGAUGAAUUCAGGGCUUUGAUUGACGAGAAAGAGAAGAAUUGGCAGAACAUCAAGGAACAUCAUGAUUCCCAGAUUGAAUCUUACAAAUCCACUGUCAACGAAUUGAAGACAUCUCAGGAGGUUGCCACAUUGCAGUUGAGCUCACACAAUAGUCAAAUUGAAGAUGGCCAGGCUUCGGCUGGUGUCCUUGCCGAAAUCGGCCUUCUCACUAGAGAAUCUGAAACGUGGAAGAAAAGAGUAUUUGACCUCGAGCGCAGAAACGAAGCUUUGAGAAGAGAGCUAUCUACUGCUCAGGCUGGCUCUGAUAUCGAUUCAAUGAAAGAAGAUUACGAGAAGAAGCUAGCCGAGAUGGAAAGCGAGAAUGUUUUACUCAUGGCUAACUUGAAGCAAGUCCGGAAAAAUGCUGAUGCAUCAGUCAUGGAUCACGAAUCGAAACUCCAGUCCAUUUCGAGAGAGUUGCUGCAGGCAGCCAAGGAAAUCAAGAGCUUGAAGCUUAAGCUAGAGUCAACUUCUGACUAUGAUGAUAUCAAAAGCGAGUUACAGAUGUUACGCCAGAUCGAGUUUGGUGAAGGUUCAACUACUGGUGAUCAACCAGAUGAUUCCAUUGAUUCUCUCAUGGAAAAGAGAAACAAAGAACUCACCAACACACUUGCUGAAUACAGAGCAGAACAUGAAACUCUCAUAGAAACUAACACAAAAUUGCAAGCUGACUUGCAAAGCUCAAUCGCUGAGAUUGAACGUCUCAAAACGCUAAGUGUUAAAUUAGAAGCUGAUCUAGCAAGUGUUCAGGAUGCCAGCAAUGGUGGGUUCAACGACACUGCUAGUCUUGUCUCAAAUAUGACUCGGUUGACAAGAAACUCCCAAUUUGGAGCUCCGGGAAUUGACGAGGCAUCUAUUCUACCUAUCAUCACGAAACAAAGAGACCGGUUCAGGGAGAAGAACAAGGAGUUAGAGGAUGAUUUGAGAAAGCACUUCAACAUGAUAAGUGAUUUGAAGAGAAAAAACAAGCAAUUGCAAACUGAUAACGAAGAGCUUUACGAGAAGACAAGAUACAUGGCAGCUAUCAAAACCAACGAAAGUGCAUCUCAGCGCAAUAAAACGUUCCAGCCCAAAGCUAAUAUCCAAGAUCUCGAGAACCCAUAUCAAACGCGAUAUGAAUCGAAGUUACACCCCAUCGAGCAAUUUCGUCUUCAAGAACAAGAACGAGUCAACUCCAGACUCUCUCCAUUGGAGCGACUCUUCAUAUUCCUCACCCGUUCAGUUCUUGCAACUCGGGCUACACGUAUGAUCUUCUUGGCCUACUGUCUCCUCCUUCAUAUUGUUGUCAUGUAUACUACUAUUCAUUCGGCGCACCUACAGACUCUCUUGAUUCCUGAGGUUGGCAUGAGACAAAGCACCGGCGGAAACACCGGAUCUGCUCCUGGAGCAUUAGCAAAACCUCCUAAAUAG